UGAGGGGUCGGUAAAUAUUGGUGACGUCAGCCCGCCAAGAUGGCGGAGGGGGAGGACGCGGGCUGGUGGCGGAGCUGGCUGCAGCAGAGUUACCAAGCUGUCAAGGAAAAGUCCACAGAAGCUUUGGAGUUCAUGAAAAGGGACCUGGCAGAGUUCACUCAAGUUGUGCAGCAUGACACAGCCUGCACCAUUGCUGCUACAGCCAGCGUGGUCAAGGACAAGCUGGCAAGGACAGAAGGCUCCUCAGGUGCAACUGAGAAGGUGAGGAAGGGGAUCUCUGACUUCCUGGGGGUCAUCUCGGACACGUUUGCUCCCUCUCCGGACAAGACCAUCGACUGCGACGUGAUCACGCUGAUGGCCACGCCCACAGGUACCACCGAGCCCUACGACAGUGCCAAGGCUCGCCUCUACAGCCUCCAGUCAGACCCAGCCACCUACUGCAACGAGCCUGAUGGUCCUGCUGAGCUCCUUGAGGCCUGGCUCUCCCAGUUUGACCUAGAGGAGAAGAAAGGGGAGAUUGCAGAGCUGCUGGCAACCAGCCCUUCCAUCAGGGCUCUUUACACCAAGAUGGUCCCGGUGGCUGUUUCCCAUUCGGAGUUCUGGCAGCGCUACUUCUACAAAGUGCAUCGCCUGGAGCAGGAUGAAGCCCGGAGGGAGGCUCUGAAGCAGCGAGCAGAGCAGAGCAUUCACCAAGAGGAGCCAGGCUGGGAAGAGGAUGAAGAGGAGUUCUUGGGGAUGUCACCCCUGCCUUGUGCAAACAUCAAAUUUCCAGAAGCAGCAGAGAACGAAUCUGCCCCUGCAGGCCUGGAGGGAAGCUACCCCACUGCUCCCAAGAGAGCCUCAGAGGAGAGCUGGGCUGUGCUCCCUGCGGGGCCAGCCCCAGCAGAGGGCAGCCCCUCUGAGAGCAGUGAGAGCGUCUCCCUUGUGACUCAGAUUGCAAACCCUGCCUCUGUGCCUGCUGCACAGCUACAGACUGGAGCACAACCGGCUGGGACCAGAGACCUCUCCCAGAGGCUGCUGGAGGCCACCUCAGAAGAGCAGAGCUCCCUGCCAAAGCCCUCAGACCCUGCUCAUUCUUCUGCGCGGCAGUCAGCAGCGUCCUCGGAGCCAGUGGCUGUUCCAGAGCUCAAGGAGGUGGAGAGCAGAGCCCAGGGCAGGACAGAGACUCUGAAAGAGGAAGGACCAACGGAUCUCCGAGUCUUUGAGCUGAACUCAGACAGUGGGAAGUCCACCCCCUCCAACAAUGGCAAGAAAGGUUCCAGCACUGAUAUCAGUGAGGACUGGGAGAAGGACUUUGAUUUGGACAUGACCGAGGAGGAGGUGCAGCUGGCGCUCUCGAAGGUGGCAGUGUCUGGGGAGCUGGAAGAUGAAGAGUGGGAAGACUGGGAAUAAAGCAGCUGCUUCAGUGGGUGUCACAGGCUCAUUUCCACCAUCGAAUGUGAGGUACCACGGCCUGGCUGUUCCUUUGUGUGUGACUGUGCUGGGGACUGCAGUCCAGGCUGGAGGAGUCUUCAUUCCUGCUAAAUCCUGUGGGCAACUCGAGUGACUCCUUCAGACCUGGAGGAGGAGGAAGCAAGAGUUGACUCCUACACUUAGCUGCUAGGGAGCCCAUCUUCUCAGUAGGUCCUAGAGACUGGCCAAGCCAAAACCUGACUGCCCCAAGCUGCUGGGGGGAGGCAGCUGUGGUGCAGCGAGGGGUCCCUGGGGUGAGCUGGGCACCCAGGCGCCUGGCAGGGUUGCUUGGUGCCACCAGACUACCCUCUUGGCUGGUUGUCUGCUUGUGUGUGUGCCCAAGACACAGCACAGCAGCUGCUGGGUGGAAGCUGUGGCUGCUCACCGCCUGCCCUGUGCUGCUCACCAGGCCCUCCCUGGAGUAACCCUCCCGGUGCGGGGCGAGGCUGGGGGCUGGAGAUGCUGCAGUCAGAGCCCCUUCUGCUGUGCUGCACUUUGCUGCCAAGAGAGGCAGUUGGCUUGUGGCUUUAACUCCCAGCUGGGCCGUGCUGGAAGGAGCCAAACUCCCUGCCAAACCCUGAGCUUCUGCCUGGCUUUUCAUCUUGGAAGCGUUCUCCAGCGGCAGCUCCUGCUCCCGGCUGCAGGAGCAGCACCAUGGCCUGCUGCUUUCCCCUGCACUGCUGCCUUCUGCUGGGUUUUGUGUCCUUCUGGGUUAAAUUCUCCAACAGCAUACUUGUGGCUUGCUCUUACUUGAACUGUCUGGGGCCAGCAGUGAUUGGGGUCACGCUGGGAGCAGCACCCCUGCUUUGUGGUGCCCAGCUCGGCCCUUGCCAAGCCCCAGUCGGACCCACUGACUGCUUUAACCUCUGCCUUGCUGCUGAGGCUUGGCCUUUCCCUCUCCCAGCCCAGGAGGAGGCAAAGCACCAGAGCAUGGGUGGGACCUGUUGGCUGAGACUUUGUCCCCUCACCUGAGCCCUCAUGUCCUGCCUGUCCCCACAGUCACCAGGCUCACCAGCCUCACUUGGGUUCCUUUGCUUAAGCCCCCAUGGCUGCUUGCAAUGCUUCCUUCAGACCUGUGGCCUCUCUUUUUUGGGGGCAGUUCCCUUCUCACAUCACAAGAUGCUCCUCAAGAUGUUGCUAAUACAGUGACAGAGCCCUCACUGCUCUCUCUGGCCUUUUGGGUGGUGGUUUUGUACAUGCUGCCUUUGUCCUUCUGCCCCUCCCAGGGCUGCUUUGUUGGAGCUGGGGAUUUCCUCCUGGGUUUGGAUAGCAUUCACUUAGGUGCACUUGGAAAAGUUGGGGUUUGGGGUUGUUUGGGGUUGUUUUUCCUUCCCUCCCCCCCUUCUUUGGGGAGAUUCUCAGCUGCAGCUGCCCCCAGGGGGUUGGAUUGGUGGCAGCAGUGACCUCAGGCACUUACAUGAGAGCACUUCUGUCCUGCAAAGCCCACCAGGACUCGGCUACAGCUCUUCUGCUUGGUUCAUGGUGGGCCCAACCAAGCCUCUGAAAUGUUCUGUGGCCUCACCCUGUCCUGGGCUCAGAUGCAGCUGUAGCUGGAAAACCUAUUGUGGGAGCUGACAGCAGUGGGAAGAUGACCCUGGAGGGGCUGUAGUGCCUCUGGGGUUGAGGGUGUGAGCAGAGCUCCCAGGGUGCAGUGCUCUCAGCUCUGUCACUUUGGGGUUUCCUUUCUCUCUCUCUUUAGAAGUCAAAUUAACCAUUUGGUUGUCUGUGCAAUAUUCCCUGUUCUGAACUACUCUGCACCUCCCUGAGCCUUUUCUAGCUGGGGUGAAAACCAGGAUCAAUUCUAACAGCUGGUAGUUUUGUAACUAUGACUUUCUCCAAACCUUUUACAGACUUGCAGUUAACAGCAAUUAAAGGAAUUCU